CAUCUUUAAGCUCACAAAGUGUGGCUGACAGCAAUAAGCCACACGUUCACCAGAGAAUUUAAUGCUGUUGGGACAAUCGUUCUUCGCAUAUUUGAUCACAUAAGAUGUCUUCACUCCUCAAGGUGGACAAUGAAAUUAAAACCAAGGUUGAUGCUUUCAGGGAACGUAUCACCGCAGAAGCAGAAGAUCUAGUCGCAAAUUUUUUCCCAAAGAAGUUACUGGAACUUGAUCACUUUCUGAAGGAUCCAAGUAUAAACAUCACCGAACUGAAGGAGAUCCACUCAGAGAUAAAUCUGACGGUGCCGGACCCCAUCUUGCUCUCAAACCUCCACGACGGACUAGAAGCGCAAAAUGCCAAAAAGAGGAAGCUGGAGGAUGGAAGUGGGGAGGACAUGGUGACUGGCACCAAGGUCUUCGUCAUGCCCGGUGGGAUGAUGAAGAGCAACGGAAACCUUGUUGAGCUCAUUGAAAAGGUCAAGCCAGAGAUCAGGACGCUCAUAGAGAAAUGUAACACAGUUAAAAUGUGGGUUCAGCUGCUCAUCCCCAGGAUAGAGGACGGCAACAACUUCGGGGUGUCGAUCCAGGAGGAGACGGUGGCCGAGCUCAGAACAGUGGAAGGGGAGGCGGCGUCUUACCUCGAUCAGAUAUCAAGAUACUACAUCACAAGGGCAAAGCUGGUGUCGAAAAUAGCAAAAUAUCCUCAUGUGGAGGACUAUCGGCGCACGGUAACCGAGAUCGACGAGAAGGAAUACAUCAGUCUGAAGAUCAUCGUAUCGGAGCUCAGAAAUCAAUACGUAACGUUACACGACAUGAUCCUGAAGAACAUCGAGAAGAUCAAGAGGCCUCGGAGCAGUAACACCGACGCCUUGUACUGAUGCUCACCCGGCAGAUCCAGCCUCCCCCCCGUCGCCUCCCCCCGUCGCCUCCCGAGCUGCAGCCGCCUCGAUCGCAGGACUCCGACUAGACAUUCACCUCCUCCAGUACAAUCAGCCCAGUACGAGAACAUAGCUUCCAUAGAUGGACACAUGCACAUCGUUUCUUUCUUCUUUUUUGUUUUUGUUUGUUUGUUUUAAUUGUAAAGUAUAUUUUUCUUGUUUUAAACCCUUUGA